AUGUCGAUAGAUGGAAGCAGGAUGGUCCGAGCCUUGAUGAUCUGCCUGCUGGACAUGAGGAGUGUUUUGCUAAACUCCCCUAAAAAAGGAAGGCUGAUGUCAAUCAAGCAUGGAGUUGAUUUGACGUCGCAAAUUCCUUUGGAAGUGAGGUUGGCGGAGGCUAGGAAAGCAAGAGAGUCAUCUGCCCGGACAAAAGGUUCUUCUGCAACGUCAGCGACUGAUCCAAAGGUGGACAAAUCUAGCCCUGCAGGGGAUGCAGGCGUGUCUGAUCUGCUAAAGACGCAAUUUCUAUCAAGUCCAUCCUCUUGUGCUGAGCUGGUUGACCAAAUCCGUCAGGCUGGCGAUCUUGGUACUUUUUCAAGUCUUUCCUUGGAAAAGCAAAAGGAAGCGACACUUCAUCUGCUUCAAAAGGGAAUAGUUUUUGCUGCUGAGACCAUUCGGAACUCGUCUGCUGUUGCCCCAUCUUCUGUUCAGCUCAGCGAGUUGGAGAAGAAGAAUGCCGAGUUAGUUAGCAAACUUUCCGCCGAGCAGACCCGUUAUGAGAAAAAGACGUCUGAUUUGCGGGCGAUGAUAUCUGAGUUGAAGAGCUCCCUUGCUGAGAAGGAUUCCGAGCUUAACUCUUCUGCUGCUGACUUGGCAAGUCGAAAAGAUGCUUAUUUCCACCUUGAGCGCAAGAAUGCCGACAUCUCUCAUAGCUAUGACAAGCUUUUAGCUAGACUUCACGCCUACCAUGAGUCUGCUGAGGAAUCCAAGUCCGAAGUUGCCAUGGACGCGUACAAGUUGGGCUACCUGGACUGCACAAGAGGAUAUGAUCCCUUCUACGCCAUUGGAGAUGAAGACAUCGAGAUGCUCUAUCCAGACUUGCCCCCUGCGCAAAGUGAGAAGGCUAAUGCUGUGAACAUCGAAGGAGCUGAAGAGCAGGUGACUAAAGAGGCGAUAGCUGAGGAGGAUGGAGCAGAGGAGGAUGCAGCCGAUGAGGUGGUGGCAGACGUCAUAGAUCAGGCAUGUGGAGCUGCUGAAAGCGUGGCUGUUCAGGCGGACGCUAAAGAGGUUGUAAAUCAGGGAUCUCCUGCUGGCGCUUCGGAGUAG